AUGGACAAAGAGCCGCAGUCCGACCAUAAUUACGCGUCGUCUGAUGGGAAAACCCAGCAAUUGGAUGAUGUAGCUGAAUUAGCGGGAAAAGAUUUUGGAGGUUACGUUGCGCAAGGCGACCAGGUGCGUUCUAGUCAGCCAGUGCUGCCAGGGAGUAGCAAUGAUUUUGUACAGAAAUCCACAGUGCCCUCCGGCGCUGAUAGUAAUCUUAUCAGUAUAAACAAGGCGCAAGAACAAAGUAUUGAUACGAAUAGUCUAUUAGCCGUAUUGUUAGAGCAAAAUCGACUUCUUAUGAACCAAAUGAAUGAAAUUAUGCAACAGCGAUCGGCACCGAGCCCAGUCAGUGUUCAUAGUGUUGGAUCGAAUGGUCCGAAUGGAUACUACGUGAUGCCGGAUUUUCAUCAGUCAUUACCCGACUUUAUCGGAACCGAAUCUCACGCUGAAGCGUCGAACUGGAUUAAGGGCAUCAAUUCGACUGCCGAUUUACAUAGCUGGCCAGAUACCUUCAAGCUCGAAAUUGUACGAACGAAACUUAAAGGUGCUGCUCGUAAUUGGUACUUGGGGCGCAAUUUCUCUAGUUGGGAACACUUUGAGCAACAGUUCAAAGAUGCUUUUAUUGGCACGUUAGCAUCAAUUGUCGACCUUACGAAAUUGUUGAUUGCACGUCAACAAAGAAAAGGCGAAACUGUUAACGAAUAUUUCCACGAUAAAGCUCGUAUGUGCCGGGAGCUCAAACUUGACUUCGAUGAGUCCAAACGGCAAAUUGUUGAAGGUAUAUUUUCGCGUGAACUGUGUGUUUAUUUAUUGAGUAGAAGCCACAGAAAUGAAAAUGAGUUACUAAUUGAUAUUGUUACGUUCAAUAAGAUAAAUGACUCCCGAGCUGCUCGUUUCAAGACUGUACCGCGACCAGCGCAGGAAGAAGUAUUAACCAAGACUGAUAGCCUUAAGCCUGUAGUAGUAAAUAAGCUUUCUAGUUCAGUUGUGAAUCCUAAACAGUCAUCUCAUAAGGGUAAGGCCCGAUGUUACAACUGUGGAUCGUUCGAGCAUAUUUCACCAGCUUGUACUAAGCCAAAACGACCAAAGGGUUCAUGUUUCAAGUGUGGGUCUGCAGAUCAUCAGAUUAGCCAGUGUCCUUCAGAUCAGGGUCCAGCCAACAUUCAGCAUCAGCAAGCUCCUAACGACUCAGCCAUGGUAUUGCAGCAGUCAGAUGUGGUAACUCCAGCUUAUAUUAUAAAUAUAGAUGUAAAAUUUAAUAAUAGUUUGUUGUCAAAUAUUUUGGCCGUUGUUGAUACUGGUAGUCCUAUAAGUUUAAUUAGAGAACAAGUGUUACCAGAACUUACUGAAAUUGUAACUAGUCCAACUAACUCUGGUAUUGUAGGUAUUAAUGGAUCAGAAUUGAUAAUUUUAGGUCAGAUGUAUGUAGAUGUUUUUCAGCCUAAUAUUGGCGAUCCACUGAAUAUUAAAUUAAAAGUAGUGCCUAAUGAUACAAUUAAAUGUGAUUGUUUACUGGGUAGAGAUUUUCUGUCGCAUCCAAGGGUCAUUUUUGGAGUUAAUAAUGGUAGUUUUGAAAUUGAAAUUAAACGUAGUGACAUAAUAUCAUUUAAUGAAAUUCUUAACUUGGAGAUUUUGAAUAUUAAAAAUGACAGUAUUGAUCUUAGGUUGGACCAUACUCUACCUGAGCAUAUUAGAGUGAAUAUGAAUAAUAUAUAUAGGCAAUUUUAUUUAGAUAAUACUAACGAGCAAGAUAAUGAACCAUUAGUUAGUGAACCUUUACAGAUAGUCCUAAAAAGUCAGGAUGUGUUUAGCUUCCAACCAAGACGAUUGUCAUAUUAUGAAAAAAAUAAAUUACAAGAAAUUAUAAAUUCCUUACUUGAAAAUGGUGUAAUUAGAGAAAGUAACUCAGAGUAUAGUAGCCCAAUAGUGUUGGUAAAGAAGAAGUCUGGUGAACUGAGAUUGUGCGUUGAUUAUAGAGAACUCAACAAAAGAUGCUGCAGAGAUAGGUAUCCAAUUCCACUAAUCGACGAUCACCUUGACCUAUUGAGAGGGAAAAAAUAUUUCUCGAGUCUUGAUUUAAAAGAUGGUUUUCACCAUAUUGAAGUGGCCGAAUCAUCCAGGAAGUACACAUCUUUUAUAUCUCCAUUAGGCCAAUAUGAAUUUUGUAAAAUGCCAUUUGGACUUUGUAAUGGUCCAAAGACUCUUGAGGAUCAAUUAAAUAUUUUAUCACGAGUUUUUGACCUGAUGAGGAAACAUAAAUUGCAAUUGAGGUUAGAUAAAUGUCAAUUUCUUAAGCGUGAAAUUAUUUACUUAGGAUAUCAAGUUGAUGCAUCCGGUAUUCGGCCUAAUCCUAAAAAUGUUUCGGUUAUUAAGGAUUAUCCUGUUCCAAAUCAAAUUAAUGCUUUUGAAUUAAUCAAACUUAAACUCUGUGAAAAUCCACUAUUAUGUUUAUUCAAUCCAGGUGCUGAAACUGAAUUGCAUUGCGAUGCAUCAAGUCAAGGAUUUGGAUCCAUUUUAUUACAGAAACAAUCUGAUGGGAAAUUUCACCCUAUUUUUUUUUAUAGUCAUCGGACAUCCGAUGCAGAAUCUCGAUACCAUAGCUUUGAGCUAGAGAUGUUGGCCAUAGUUAACUCAAUUAAAAGAUUUAGAAUUUAUCUACAGGGCAUUAGGUUUAAGAUUGUAACAGAUUGUAAUAGCAUAACGAUGACUCUAGCGAAAAAAGAUAUCAAUCCAAGAAUUGCCAGAUGGGCAUUGUUCUUGCAGGAUUUUGAUUAUCAGAUAGAACAUAGACCAGGUACGAGAAUGCAACACGUUGAUGCUUUAAGCCGUAACCACAUAUUAGUUAUUGAGGGGUGUACCUUUAACCAAGCACUCUCAAUCAAGCAAAGCUGUGACCCAGAAAUAAAGAAAUUAGUUAAAAUGUUGGAAUCUUCAGAGCACAAGCUCUAUGAAUUCGAAAUGGUCUGGUUUAUAGGAAGAGUAAUGGGCGUCUUUUGUUUUAUGUCCCAGCUGAUAUGUGUAGUAAUGUGA